CAAAUCGGAACAAACUUUGAGUUCAAAAACAUGGCGCAACGUUCUCCAUUCCACACCCAAAAAAGAAAAAAAAAACAUCUUUCCAAAUUUAUGUUCCUCACGCAAUUUCUCGGUUUAAACUUACUCUCCCUUUCCCUAAUCCCUCUCUUGUGCCCAAAGAGGCCCAAAGGCCACACAGCCCAAAGCCUACAUGACAACACGAGGCCCACGCAACCGCGCGUUGGUGGGUUCGGCCCAACACGUCACGCAUCUGGGCUUUCCUUCCUCCUCCUCCCAGCCACAGGCAGCUGACGUCACGGACGCAUCUCCCCACCACACCACACGCCAUCUCCUCCCUCCGCCGCGGCGACGUCGAGGGAAUCGGGGCGGGGCCGGAGCUAGCUAGUUCGCCGCCGGCGAGACGCGUGUGCCAUGGUGGCAGCGGCGGGGACGAUGGAGCUGGAGAUCCUGGGGAUCAACUUCGGGUGCGUCCUCGCGGCGCUCGCGGACGCCAAGAUCCCGGAGAAGGACUGCCUGCUCCCGCUCGCCUCCAAGCUGCUCGGCUACGCCAUCGUCGCCGCCUCCACCACCGUCAAGCUCCCUCAGAUAUUAAAGAUUUUGAAGCACGGAAGUGUAAGAGGACUUAGUGUAGCAUCCUUUGAGCUUGAGGUUGUCGGCUACACAAUUGCUCUAGCAUAUUGUAUUCAUAAAGGACUGCCAUUUUCUGCGUAUGGGGAACUAGCUUUUCUGUUAAUCCAAGCAAUUAUUUUGGUUGCAAUCAUUUACUAUUACUCCCCACCAAUGGGAACCAAGACAUGGAUGAAAGCUUUACUAUAUUGCGGACUGGCUCCAACAGUAUUGGGUGGGAAAAUUGACCCUGCUCUUUUUGAAGUCCUCUAUGCUUCUCAGCAUGCUAUCUUCUUCUUUGCUAGGCUUCCACAGAUAUGGAAGAAUUUUAUGAACAAGGGCACUGGCGAGCUGAGCUUUCUGACCUGUUUCAUGAACUUUGCUGGUUCCAUAGUAAGAGUGUUCACCAGCAUCCAGGAGAAGACUCCCUUAAGUGUGAUACUGGGAUCUGCAAUUGGCAUUGUGAUGAAUGGUACGCUCUUGGGUCAGAUAGUGUUGUACCAGAAGCCUGCUCCAAAGAAAGAGAAGAAGAGAGAUUGAGCACAACUGCACAACACAAGAAAAGGCAGAAUGUUCAUCUCUGUGUCCAUCUUCAGACAAGCAAAAGGCUCCAGUGUAUGAAUUUCUUGCAGAGUCGUGUGAUGAUGAAAAACGAUGGGCACCAUAUACAGACUAGAUAUGGAUAUCUUGCGUACUUAGUUUUAGCAUUUAGAAGUGUCAUGACUGAUGUUAGAUUAUUGUUAGAUUGCUGUACUGUGCAAGCUACUGACAGUGGAAAAACUGUUCUCUUAACUCUAUGUUUGAGACUAUUUUUUUAUCGUCUGUUUAUUUUUCAGGCAUAAAUAUUGUAAGCACGGGGCUACAUACAAAAUCCAGAAAGUUGUUUCUCAAUCACCGCACCCAA